AUGGCUCCACGCAAAAAGACCACUAUAGCAGCCAAGUCCAGCAAGACUGCGAAAAAUAGCCAAACUAGCAUCACUGCCCCGUCAACUUCUCUGGUAGCAGCGCUACCGCCAUCACGCGUGCACGAUACGUCAUACCACUAUCCCCUACUUCUCAGCGGCCAGUCUGGAUGCGAGGCGCUGUUGAGUUGGUUUAGUGGCGUCGCGGAGACACGUAGCAUGCCAUGGAGGAAGAAGUGGAUUGACCCGGACGAGUAUGAAGACGAAGAAGAACUUGGACGCGUCUUAUCAAAGAGGGCGUAUGAGGUUUGGGUGUCUGAAGUUAUGCUCCAACAAACUCGCGUUUCGACAGUCAUUCCCUACUUCAAUAAUUGGAUCGCAAAAUGGCCUACGGUUCAGGAUCUUGCCGAGGCAGACCAUGACGACGUCCUCUCUGUGUGGAAGGGGCUUGGUUACUACUCACGUGCCACACGCCUUCAUGAAGGUGCGAAAGCCAUGAUCGCCAAAUCUGCCGGUGCUUCUUGUGCUCUUCCGAGUGGUGCCACAGAGCUACAAGAAUUCCCUGGCAUUGGACGAUACACUGCGGGCGCAGUGUCGAGUAUCGCAUUUGGCGAGGCAGAACCCGUCCUCGAUGGUAAUGUGAUGCGCGUGCUUAGUCGACAGCUGGGCUUGUACAUGGACGUCAAGGACAAGAAAGCUACCGACGUAAUGUGGGAUAUGGCGGAUCAACUCAUCAAACAUGCCUCUAACUUUCCGGAAACGCGCACAAGUGCCGUACCAGGGUUAUGGAAUCAAGCGCUCAUGGAGCUGGGUUCCACUGUCUGUACGCCGCGACCCAAGUGCGAUGAGUGUCCCAUUCAGGCGACAUGCAGGGCCUAUAGCGAAGGCAAGGCGUUAUCUGACAAGCUUCAAUCACCGGCUGUAGUACCUGACAUCGAGGAUGCAUGUUCUCUCUGCGCGUCUCUGGACACCGAGGAUUUGGUUGCAGUUGCUGAAGAUGCAGCAGAUGAUGAGCUGCCGCAAGCGACCAAGAAAAGAAAAGUGACUGCAAAACAAAGCAACAAAAUCUCACAGUACUUUGCUGUUGGCACACCCAAGUCAAAUGUGGACACCGAAGACAAUGAAGAGGAUCGUGGCAGUCCACCUGCUGAGGAUUUGAAGAAGCGGAAGCUAUCGCUACCUACCAGGGAGUCAAAAUCGAUCCCGACAUACUGCUCGCUCUUCCCGAAAAAGGUGGCGAAGAAGAAGUCCGCCGAAGAAGAUUGUGUAGUGUGCAUGGUAGAGUUGCGCUCAGCAGAUGGCAGCAAUAAAUGGUUAAUAGAGCAAAGGCCCGCCAAAGGUCUUCUCGCAUCACUUUGGCAAUUCCCGCAGAGCCCGCUGACUGCAUCACAAAAGACGCCCCAGCAGCGCAAAACAUUGGCGCAGCAGUAUAUCUCAGGUCUCGACGCCGGCACAACUGAUAUGAGCAAAGCGCGUUAUGUUGCGAGUUUUCCGCCAUUGGUCCAUGUCUUCACCCAUUUGAAGCUUACCAUGCAUGCCUAUCAGUACAGGAUUGACGCCGAUAACGUCGACCAUAUCGAGCUUAUAUGCAAGGGCCCGCCCGCCCGCAAAUGGGUAGACAGUGGAUCCAUGGACAAGGAGACGUUGUCCACGGGUAUGCGCAAGUGCUGGGACCUUGUUUCAAAGAGUCUUCAUUGA